AUGGAAACAAUAAGCACACAAACCUUAAUAUUCAUAUGUGACUCUUUCAUUACAGCGACUAUAACAACAACCACUACUACAACCAUCACAAGCACUACCACUACUCCAGAUCCAAUCGCUUGUCGAAAUGGAACUCAUAUAUUGGACAAUGGUAAUUGUGUAACAAUAGAUCAAGCCAUAAUAAAUGCAGUUGGUACAAUACGCAAUAAUUCCACAAAUUCAACUGUUGUUGCUGAGACUCUUUCACAGUAUAUAAGUUUACUUCCAAAUUCGAGUUCGACAUUAAAUCAGAGUUAUAAAUUAACAGUCGAUGAAAUCGAUACUUGUCUAAACAAAAUCAAAGACGUUAAUUUAACAUUAAAUACUAAUGAUUCAAUCCUUGUAGCACAGCCAGUAAAUCAAGGAGGCAAUGUAAUGACUUUAGGUGCUUCAUUCACACGUGCUACUGGUGGUCAAGUUAUUAAUACUGCAAAUACCGGUAAUAUAAUCAAUUCAUUUUCAUCAGCAGCAGCUAUUAUUAGCAAUCAAUCGUUAGCUGGUGUUAAAUCUCUCAAUAUGCUCAUCAUUGAUAAACCUACUACCUAUAAAGAUUUAGAUAAAUCAAGUGAUAGAUUCCUUGCAUCAUCAGUGAUCGUCGUGGCACUGCACAGAAAUGAUUCUGCAUCAACUUCAACGAAUAUUUCUCUAUAUUUCCAAGUUUUACAAGAAUAUCAUCCAAAUCGUGUCGCCCAAUAUUAUUGUUCAUUUUAUGAUACAACGAGUUCGAAAUGGAAUGAAUCCGGUUGUACUAUACCUAAAAACAAUACAGCUUUCAAUCGAUAUGAAUGUAGUUG